AUGAAUAGUCAACAACAGGUGGUGUCCUCUGACUAUCUCCAGGAGUCUAGAAAUCCUCAUACUAACCCGUCCCCCAGGACCAGUAGCCAAAACUGGGCCACCCCAGGCCUCAGCUGGGUGGCAAACAAAGAGUAUCUGCAGGGGGGACCUCAACUGUUCCCAGCCAGCGACAGUGUGUGUGGUCACUGCUCCGGCGCAGACAAGGACGCAGAGGAAAUUAAGCAACCUGAGGAGGACGCUACAGGCCAGCUGUCUGAGAGCGAUGCCUUACCACGGCGGUUUCGCCCUCAGAGAGGUGAAACCCGAGAGGGCAGGACAUUUCAGCAUCACAGAGCUCUUAAUGCUGGGUCCGGUCUCCAAGGAGACCCUGUCCACAACAUAAAGGUCUCCUCCAUCACAGGGCAUCUGAAAUCUUCUUCGGUGACAGAGAAGACCCCUCCUCAGGAAUCAUUCAUCUCCCAAGUGCCAUUAAGAUUGCAGAUCAAAGUGUCUGGCCAGAGGGGUAGUCUGGGAAUCAGCAUUGCCGGUGGGAAGGGCUCUCUGCCUUACAAAGACCAUGAUGAGGGCAUUUUUAUUUCCAGAGUAACAAAAGGGGGGCCAUCAGAAAAGGCAGGGAUCCAUGUUGGAGAUAGAUUGCUGGAGGUCAACGGCCUUGACAUGCAGGGAGCGACCCACCACGAGGCGGUCAGUGCCCUCAGGAAUGCCGGGAGUUGUAUCAAGAUGAAGGUACUCAGAGAGAGGCUGCUACCUCGAGAGGUGUGUGACCUGCGUGAGCCUCAGGAUCCUCAGGAUCCUCAGGAUGUGACUGGACUACAGCUCUGCAGCAAACAGCCCAAGACGGAGAGCGCGGAGGACUGUUUGUCCAAGAAGAUUGAGGCGGUUGUCUGCAACGGCAACAGCAUUUCUGAUCUGGAGAGUGACCUGAAUAGGACCUCAUCUAAACUUGAGGCGGAGGCGUUAAUGAAAAAUGAUUUGCUUCAAGUUGGCAAGCACACAAUGACAAUCCCACGGAUCAUCCUCACUCAUCCCUCUACCUCAGAUGAAGAUGUGGAGCUCCUGACACAGAGCCCCGGCAGGGAUAUGCUACACGACUUUGACAUUCCUAACAGACGCACACACACUGACUGUUUUGACAGCGCUUUCUAUCCACCCUGACUACAGUGGAGAUUCAUGAAGGACACAGACUGUUAUUACCCAGAUAUUUUGUUUUUUUUUUUAAGAUACUGACGCAUUUUCAGUGAUGAUACUGUGGAGGAUUAAUUGAAAGCUUACUGUUGGAAUGUGUUUUUUACUGUCAAGCUUUUUG